AGCUGCACUUGGUUUAGCGUGUAACCUCAAUAAAUGGCCAUAGCGUCCCUAUGGCCAUACAGUAGUAUUCUAAAAACUCCUUGUGAGCAGAGCAGAGAAGGCAAAAUGGCUAGGAAGAUAGCAAGGUUCCACAUUCAAGCUAUGCGGAGUUGGUUUAGAUAUAGUUCCUUUAAAAUGAGUAAGAAAGAUGAGGAAAGAGAGAAAAGAGAGAGAGCGUUUUUGAGAAUGGAAGCAAAUUACUGGAGAAGCUAAUUGUCUCUUGUAAUGGCAAGUCUAUUCCCAUCCGUAGCUUCUCUGCUCAAGAGCUCCAACAACCCACCAACGACUAUAACAAACGUUAUGGAAUGCGUUGGUACGAAGGUUCUCUUGAAGGGCGAAUGGUUUUCGUUAAGAGAUUUCCUGAAAAUGAAUCAUUUGCAGAAUUUGUCAUCAAUGAUUUAGUGAUUUCUGCACAGAUGAGCGCUCACAGUAAUGUAUUUAAGCCCAUAGGGUGCUCUCUUGAGACUACUUCUCCCAUUUUAGUGUUUGAAUUUGCUGCCAAUGGUUUCCUUGCAGAUCAAAUUUUUGUCUACCAUAUUACUCAACUACAAAAUCAGCCGAUAGUGUGGGAUAGAAGGUUAAAGAUUGCAAGGCAGAUUGCUCAUGCAAUUUCCUAUCUCCAUGCUACCUUCUCUAGACCUGUCAUCCACAUGUACAUAGAUAUAAAAAAUAUCUUAUUAGAUGAACAUGAUGUUCCCAAAUUGUCCAACUUUUAUUUUUCCGUGUCAAUCCCCAAGGGCGAAACUGAUGUGGAAGGCUUUCAGAAUCGGCAUCCAAUGUUCAGAACUCCCGAGCUUGAAGCAACAGGAAAGGUAAAUGAGAAAACUGAUGUAUAUAAAUUUGGUGUUGUUCUUCUAGAACUUUUAACUGGAGAGGAUUCUGAUAAUAUAACACGAUUGGCAAAUGAUGAAGGUUCUAGCUUGGUAGCAUACAUGCAUAACCGUGCUCAAGUUUGUUGCAUUAACGAGAUUGUGGAUCCUGCAAUCUUGGUUGGGGAAGGAGGUUCUAGUUUAGAGCAGCAGUUACAAUCUGUUGUGGACCUUGCCUUGACAUGUACAGAGGAAGAUCCAGAGAGAAGGCCAACAAUGGUUGAUGUCACCAAAGAACUCAGGCGGAUUGAGAGCUUGGUUACAUGACUAGUUAUUUCUUAAUUGAAUAUUGAUCCAAUCCAACUAUCAAAUGUUAGAUAUGUAUUUACCAAAAGGAUUUGGUCUCCCUUGAUGGCUAUGCUAUGCUUGGAAUGGAAAAUAAUAUUGGCUGUUGGCUUGAGGUCUUGUAAUGGUGCAUAAGAGAUUUGAAGGGGAGAAGUUCAUGUAAAAUAGCCUUGUCUGCCAAGGCUUAUUACAUCUGGCUACAUAGAUGUGCAAUAGUUCACAGGCACCGUUAAAUUGAAGAAGCAAUAUGGCAGUAUUUGAAGCUAAACACUAUAGUUUUGGAAGAAAGUUAGGAAACUCAGUUUCAAAUAGCUGGUUCUGUUUUAGUU